UCGACGCCGAAGCCGUGAACAAACCGAACGACUGCGAGGCGCGAGAAUUCGAGAAUCAGGGACAACAUGGAAAAUCCGAGCUGUAGACAGAGACCGCCUGUGCAGCACGCGAGGCUCUCAGAGCAAUCCUGUGCUAACAAGCUCGCGAGGCGCGAGCAUGACCACAGAGUCGGUGGAGACCAGUGAGCACCUUCGUCGCCCUGAUACUUUGCGCCUGAGCUGGGCCGGUUCGACGCGGAUCUGAGGCUCUCUUUCCAUCCGACUCGUCGCUCGCACCGUUUCUGAUCGGCUGGAUUGGCAGCAAAGCAAGGCGAGCGCAUAUUUUCGAGCUUACGUUUCACGAGCCCAUAAUCAGAUUUGAACGGGGUUGACGAACAAUCAGGAGACGUCCACAAGCACUCGUGAGAGAACAUAGGGUCGUCGACUUGGAGUAGAGUAGGAUAUGGCCAUUCUACUGGCGUUUUUCUCGAUGAAUCCUGCUUGUAGAGCCGCAGAGCACCGACUCGAAGCUACGAGAAUACAUCGCUAUCCAACUUGCGACGUCCGGGCGAAUGAUCAGCGGUAGUUCGGAUGGCAACACCGAGCAGCUACGCACUCAGCCGCAUCCAGACUUUGCUAAUCUAUGCAGCGCCGAGUCUGGACCAGCAGGCCGUUCGAUGCCCGAGCGACUGACCGCCCAUGCCCGACGGAUAGGUCCCAAGCGCCUGGCCAAGUAUGCUUGUAGAGGCCGAGCCGGUGAUGUCGCGACACGGUCGCGUUGAAUGACGGAAGCGAAGCGAUUUUGGCGUUAGCGUGGACCGCUGCGGCAGUGACCUCAUCAUGAUCCCAACACCGAGUCGUUCUCAUGACAAUCCGCAAGAGUCGCAGACGUUGACUCCUGGGAGAGGACUGCCAGAGCUCCGCUGGGUGCGUCACUCGCCGACGAUACAGGGGAAUCAGCUAUUUGCAAUUUCAAGCUCAAGAACGAUUCAUGUUAUGGAUCUGAAGCCUAACGAAACAGACAAUUGACAGUGCGAAUCCGGGCCAUAUCCGUUCGAAAUCGAUCUGAUGGGUCCCGGCGGGCGGCAUCUUCCUUACGUUGUCUUACGACGCGCAAUUAGCACAAUCCCCAACGAACAACUCGGACUCUGUGUCCGCCAGUCAAUGGCUGCAUGGUCCGCAGCAUCGACCAAGGGUAGCUUCAUUGUUGCCGGGCUGGGGGAGAUCGCGAUUUGGAUAUAAAAUGAGGCAUCUGCGCUAUCGACAGCAUAUCUCCCUCCUCUCAUCCUGCUCGAGAUGCCUGCAAUCGCCACUUUCCUUCGUCUUUCUGCUCUCGUCGGUGCAGCACUCGCGCUACCGAGCGACGUGAAGCGCACGACGUGCACGGUCAACAGCGUGGCGAGCUCGACCAACCUGAGCGGGUGCUCGGACGUCGUCAUCCAGGGCUUCACGGUGCCUGCGGGUAACACGAUCACGAUCGCUGCUGCACAGGGCGCGACGGUGACCUUGGCCGGCGAUGUCGUCUUCGCGAAGACGACGACCGCUGGUCCUCUCUUGACCUUCAACACCCCCGCGAUGAACUUCAACGGAGGAAACCACACGAUCGACGGCAACGGUGCGUCGUACUGGGAUGGCCAAGGAACGAACGGCGGGACCUUCAAGCCGCACCCCUUCAUCAAAUUCAAGGGCUACGGCACGUUCGAGCAGUUCACCGUUCUCAACUCGCCGGCCCAAGCGAUUUCUGUCGGGACCAGUGGCGGCCAAACCAACAUCUCCCAAGUCAUCGUCGACAACUCUCUGGGUGACUCCAAGGGCGGCCACAACACCGACGGAUUCGACGUGAGCGCCAACGACGUCACGAUCUCGUCCUCGACGGUCAAGAACCAGGACGACUGCCUCGCGCUCAACGCGGGGAGCAACAUCGUCUUCGAGGACAACACCUGCGCGAACGGCCACGGCAUCUCGAUCGGCUCGAUCGCGACGGGAAAGAGUGUGACGAACUUCCAGGCGCUGCGCAACACGGUGACGAACAGCUUGUACGGGAUCCGCAUCAAGGUCCAGGCCUCCGCGACCAAUGCCAACGUUUCCAACGUCCUCUACGACGGCAACACUUUGACUGGGAUCACAUCGUACGGAGUCUUGAUCACGCAGAGCUACCCCGCCAACAACGGCACGCCGGGUACCGGUGGACCGAUCUCCGACGUCCGCUUCACCGGCUCGCCGACGACGGUGUCUGGAACCAGCAACGCAUACGGGCUGGUCGUCGACUGCGGUGCCUGCACCGGCACCUGGGACUUUUCCGGCCUCCAGAUCCUCUCUGCGGGCAAGGGCCACACCCUCGCUCUCGACCGAGCAACGCUCUCGGGUGGCAGCUACUAAGUGCCCUGUUCUCGUCUGAGGCCCGUUCGAACGCACAGCACAUGGCUGACCGCUCCUUACAUUCAUUACAUCCUCGCCUUAUAAUGUUUUAAAUAUCUCUACAUAGUCGGCCUCUCGGUUUCUAUCAGACUCUAAUCAUUACUGUGAUCCACGUAAAGCCAGCUCGGCUAUCCUGCG